AUGAGUGAGCAGUUAGCAAACAUUAAAUUCAUCGAGGAGGUAGAAAAACACGAACUUUUGUACAAUUAUAAUCUUCCUGGAUACUCAAGAAAAGACCUGACAGAAAAAGCAUGGCAUGAAAUAGCAGCCAAAGUAAACAUGACAGUUACCCGUAGAAUUGACGAUAUUAGUAAUAAUUUAAAUUCCCAGGUUAGUAAUAAGACUCAAGAAUUCAUUUCGUUUUGUAUAGCACUUGACGAAUCAACAGAUGUAUCUGAUACGUCACAGUUACUUUUAUUUAUUCGAGGUGUUAAUAAAGAUUUAGAAAUUUCAAAUGAACUACUUUCUUGGGAAAAUUUGAAAUGUAUCACUACUGAUGGCGGAAGAAAUAUGUGUGGCACAAAAAAAGGUUUAAUUGGACAGAUAUUUACGAAUUGUGAAAAAGAAGGUUUUAAACCAAUGACUUUGCAUUGUAUUAUACAUCAGCAGGCAUUAUGCGGAAAAACUUUAGACUUGUCUUGUGUUAUGGAUCCAAUAAUAUCAACAGUAAAUUUUAUUCGCUUGAGCGCACUUAGGCAUCGUCAAUUUCAAGAUUUUUUGAAAGAAAUAGAAACAGAGUACCCAGAUAUACCGUAUUUUAGAGCAGUUCGAUGGCUUAGUCGCGGAAAAAUCCUAUCGCGAUUUUUUGAACUAACAAAUGAAAUUGAAAUAUUUCUAAUUGAUAAGAAUCGACCAUUGCUUUUACUUACAGAUAGUGAAUGGGUUUGGAAAUUAGCUUUUUUAGUGGAUAUCACAAAAUAUAUGAACGACUUCAACCUAAAAUUACAAGGUAAAGAUGUUCUAAUUUGCGAUGUUUACACAUUAGUAAAAGCAUUUAGUUGUGAUAUUGAGAAGUUACCUUCUACCCUUCAAAUGGAAAUGAUUGAUUUACAAAGUAAUGAUGCACUGAAAAUCAAACAUCGUGAAGAGACUUUAGUUGAUUUUUAUAAAUUUCUCCUAGAUAUAGAGUAUCCAAAUUUAAAAAAAUUUGCAAUUGAAUAUAUAUCUGUAUUUGCUACAACUUAUUUGUGCAAACAAACUUUUUCUAAAAUGAAAUACAUCAAAUCAAAAUAUAGAUCGGCCAUGACUGACAAACACUUGGAGUCAAUUUUGAAAAUUGGAACUAGCAACAUACAAUCUCAAUUCGAUCGAAUAUUAGCAGAAAAACAUCAAUUUCAUACUUCUCAUUAA